AUGAAAGUCAUCUUUGGAGCUAUGAAUAUCGGCGAACCCGGCGACGGCCGAACCCGGGUCCACGAUAUCGAGCAAGCUCGUCGGAUGGUUGAUCUCUUUAAGAGUUAUGGCCAUAGAGACAUAGACACAGCUCGGAUCUAUGGGAACGGAUCAUCGGAGGCAUUUCUCGGUCGGAUGGGGCUAUCUUCACUCGCGUUGGAUACCAAAUUAUUUCCAUCGGCUGCCAACCCGUCCAUGGCCUCAGCGACGACGUCUUACCAUCACACCCCCGAAGACCUACGGAGAGGCCUGAUGGAGAGCCUUGAAGCCCUCAAAGUCUCUAAAGUCCACAUCUGGUAUCUGCACAGCCCUGACCGAACUGUCCCGUUUGAAGAGACUCUAAGGGAAGUGAAUAAGUUGCACCAAGAAGGAUACUUCGACAAGCUGGGCAUCAGUAACUACCAGGCAUGGGAGGUGGCUAUGAUCUGUGACAUCUGUGACCACAAUGGCUGGAUUAAACCAAGUGUUUGUCAGGGCAUAUACAAUGCGUUCCAUCGGGCGGUCGAACCCGAGCUCCUGCGAUGCCUACGGUAUCAUGGUAUCUCGUUCUACUGCUUCAACCCCCUAGCCGCAGGCAUGUUGACUGCUCGGUACUCCCGCGACACGCCGGAUGCGGUUUCUAGGGGCCGUUUCGACCCCAGCUCGGCAUCAGGAAUCCACACGCGCCGGCGUUACUACCAUGAUGUGUACUUCGAUGCCCUGGAGAUCCUCAGACCUGUGGCCAAGCAGCACGGGCUUUCGGAAGUAGAGUGUGCCCUUCGGUGGUUAUCACACCACUUGGAGCUCAAGGAGAAAUACGGCGAUGGGGUUGUCAUUGGGUCGAGCAGUGCGGAGCAGCUGGAGGAGAAUCUCAAGGCCUUGGCUGGGGGACCACUUCCGCAGGAGAUCAUCGAUGCCCUAAACAAAGGCUACGAGAUUAUCCGCGGAAAUAGUCUGAUUUACUGGCACUGA